AUGCGAACCUUAUUAAUUGUAACCAUUGUAUUAUUUGUCUACGUUGUUGCAAAUGUAUCAGCAGCAGGAAGUGACACAAAUGAACUUUAUGUAACAAAAAAAGUUUAUUUUGAUAUUGAAAUUGGUGGAAAAAAAACUGGUCGAAUUGUCAUUGGUCUGUUUGGAGAUGUUGUGCCAAAAACAACAGAAAAUUUUGCACACCUAGCUGCUGGAUCAAAGGGUUAUGGUUACAAAGGUUCAAAAUUUCAUCGGGUUAUUAAUAAUUUUAUGAUCCAAGGAGGUGAUUUUACACGAGGAGAUGGUACUGGAGGAAAAAGUAUUUAUGAUGAAAAGUUUCCAGACGAAAAUUUCAAAUUGAAACAUUAUGGUGCAGGAUGGUUGUCGAUGGCGAAUUCGGGUAAAGACACAAAUGGAUCUCAAUUUUUUAUCACAACGGUAAAAACCGAUUGGCUUAAUGAUAAACAUGUUGUAUUUGGAAAAGUUUUGGAGGGUAUGUCUGUUGUUCAUGCAAUUGAGAAAACGAAAACUGGUUCCUUUGAUCGUCCACAAUCUGAUGUUGUCAUUGUUGACUGUGGUGUGAUUGAUGUCGGAGAGAAAUUUGCCGUUGAUAAAGCUUCGGUUGCAGCUAGUAUUUAA